AUGACUGAAGAAGAUUUAAAUGCGAAUGAUCGAGUGAAUAGUUCAGGCGAUCAAGAUAAUCACGGUUUGUCCGUCUUUUAUACACAUUGUCUCGCGCAGAAGCCUCCGAACAGAUAGCCAUUCAUGUAAUUGACGACGCAAAUGGGGGUUUGUCGUUUGGUUUCAAUAAAUGUCCUCUUAUCAAGUCGAAGGUUCCUGCCGUUGUGAAAAAACACUGUUAUUAAGAGGGAUGAAGUUUUUCCAGCGCUAUUUCGAAGGAAAAGAUAUUGAAGGCGUUACUUCGGGAAUCACGGUUCAUUGCGAUGUGGACACAUUUCAGUGGCUCCUGAAUUUCAUCAAGCAGGAAGCUUCAGCCGAAAGAUUCGGCAGUUGUGAACUUACAAUAGCGAACGUCUUUCCAAUCAUAGUCUCGGCUGAGUUCUUAGAGAUGCCAAGUCUUGUAACAUCGGACCUUUUUACGAUGAUUGAUGCAGGUUGACGAAUGUGUCAGAUUUAUCAUCCAACACUUUGACGAACUGACCGAUCAGCCAUGUAACACGAGUUGCUUCCAACCAGUCACAAUCGAAAGGUUCGAUAUGUCCUUGGAACCUUUUACAAGCUUUUUCCAGGAUAGCUCGAAGUUUUAUGCCGGAAAAAUUGAGUUUAGUAAGAGAAUCGUCGUUCAAAAGGUGCCUGUGAAAUCCUUCUUGAAUGAAUCCUUUCCAGUAUACUAUUCGAGCAGAAGGUGAAAGAUCUUUUGAAGCAUAUCUUAAAAAUCAAUUCCCCUCCAGAAGGAAUCCCAAAAUUGUUUGUGUAAGUCGUCCCAAAUUGGUAAUUUUAUUUUGCCAGGACUCUUUUUUAAUCAUUUUUUCCUUGAGGACCACGGGAACUAGAGGUACGUACAGACAGGAAGCUAUCUUUCCAAUGGAAGAGAAUAUGCGCAUUCCAGGUCCUUGUUUAAAGGAAGACAAAAACAUAAUCACUGGGACGGUAGCUUUAUUAGUCUUAGAUUUCGAACUCCAACAAGAACUCAUCGUCAGCGACUGUCAGAAUGCAGCAACGCGGGAACAUUUAUACCGUUGUGCCGCGAAAGGGGAUUACAUCCGUGGCUAG